AUGAUUAAAAGAGUCGUAGUCACAGGAGUCGGCUUAAUUACCCCCUUAGGAGAUACUGCACACAUUACUUUUGAUCGUCUAUUGCAAGGAUCUGUAGGAAUCACCCAAAUACCUACCAAAGAAUACCCAGAAAUAAACGAUUUGCCUGUAAAACUCGCAGGAUUAUUACCUCCCUCAUUUAAUUUGGCAGGCUGAACAAAAAAGCUCACAGUUGUUAAAAACGUCUAUAACGCAACAAGUCUUGCAGUCUGCAGUCAAGCUUUAAUGGACUCUGGCCAUGAAAUUUUAACUGAUGAAAUAAGUGAAAGAACAGGCUUGAUUUUUGGCUGUGAUAGGUCAUCAAUCAUGGAUAUUCGAAGAACUCAUGAAAAAGUCAAAGAAGGAGGCUAUGCCAAGCUGGAUAGGUUCAUUAUCCCUAAAGUCCUUGCCUCACAAUCCAUUGGGUCUAUAGGGAUUCCCCUAACUCCCCCCUCCAUGUUAAUUUUUUUAAUAAAAAUUUUAUAGUAAUUUUUUUUUCAAAGCAAAAAUUAAUUUAAUUUGAAAAUUUACGCUCUAAAAUGCACACUGUUUAAAAUUAAACAGAAAUAACUCGAGAUUUCAUUAUAAUAAUUAUCAUAUAUAUAUCAAAAUUAAUUUUCUAUAUAUUUUAUAUUAAAAAAACUUUUGUCCGCUCAUGAGGGCCAAAAAAUAGGGAUUUUCCAAUGGUUUUGUUUGCUCAAGAGGAGGGAGUAAGAAUAAGAGGCUAUGCUAAUUCUUGUUCUGCUGGAAUUCCUACAGGGCAAGUAGCUAUAAAGGACGCAUUUAGAAUAAUUCAGAUAGGAGAAGCUGACGUAAUGGUUGCAGGAGCAGCUGAGGUAGAGUUUGAUACUGCUUUGCUGAUGAGCUUUUAUAAAUCAGGAUUCUUAUCAAGAGGAGAAGAUCCAAUGCUGGCUUGCAGGCCUUUUGAAACACGCAGAGAUGGCUGGGUUUAUAGCGUUGGCGCAGGAGCUGUUGUAUUGGAAGAGCUAGAACAUGCCAAAAAAAGAGGAGCAAGAAUUUAUGCUGAACUCGCCGGAGGCUCAUCUUGCGCAGAUACAGAAUCAGCUGAAAGAGAUGGAAAUGGGCAAUUAAGAGCUAUGAAAAUUGCAUUAAAACAAGCAAAAGUAGAAGGAAGCGAAGUAGACUUAGUUGUUGCUGAUGCGCCUGGAUGGAAACAUUGGGAUGAAGCUGAGGCUCUAGCAAUUUCCAGACUAUGCCCAGAUUGCUCAGUUACUUCGAACAAAGGCAACCUCGGACACAUGCAAGCUGCCUCAGGAGCUGCUCAAGUAGUUGAAGGUGCCUUAUCAAUUUACCACUCAAAAAUUCCUCAGAUUCCUAACCUUAUAUCAUAAGAAAAAAAAUGGUGACGUUGACGGAAAUUAGAUCCCCGAGGCGUACUACCUAUGGAGCAGGUAGGACCCAUCUUGAUGAAGCUGAAAACGGGCCUCUGUCCUUUUUGAAAUAGACUAUGCCUUGCCGAGCAGGUGUUUUGUUUCUCCCCGGAGGUUUUCCUGUCCCUGCCAGAGGACUAAACAAGUUUUGCCUAUAUAUAUGGUCCUAUCUUGUUGGUUCCAUUGCGGCACUCUGCACUAGGAAGCUAAUCCCUGGACAGGUGAUUCAGGUCUAAAAUUCAAGAUUGUCUUGUAGAGAUUGGGAGGAGGCUUUUUUGAGCUGAGAUAAGGUAAAGGCGGUUGAUGCUUAUAGCCAAUUUAAUCGUUUAAUUUUAUAACCUUAUAUCUCCUUGCACUAAAGCAAUCGAGCUGAUCUCAACCCAACCACUCGAAAUUCCAGUUACACAUGCUAUCACUAACAGUUUUUCUUACGAUAGCACCUGUUUCACAUCUUUAGUUUUCAAGAAAUUCGGAUAA